AUGGCUCUCCCCGUGGCUGUGGUCCUGCUCGGGCUGCUCUGCCUGUCUGGCCUGGACGCCGAACAGCGGAAACCAAGGAUCCAGGUUUACUCGCGGCAUCCCCCAGAGAAUGGAAAACCUAACUUCCUGAACUGCUUUGUCUCUGGGUUCCAUCCUCCUGAGAUUGAUAUUGACUUGUUGAAGAAUGACGAGAAGAUGCCAGUGGAGAGGUCAGACCUGUCAUUCAGCAAGGACUGGUCUUUCUAUCUUCUGGUGCACGCGAACUUCACUCCCAGCGCAGGAGCUGAGUACAGCUGCGUUGUGAAUCACGUUACUCUUUCUACCCCCAUGAGAGUUAAAUGGGACAAGGACAAGUAA